GCAGAAGACAUACGCAUCAUGGUAGUGAAGCGAUCCCUUGCUUGUGAGGUCUUGGUGUGUUUGAUUAUAUUCAAAGGUACAACUGCAAGCCUUCUGGGGUUUUGGCCUCUUCACAAAAACACGCUCGGAGCAGACAGAAGCGGAAAUGGUAAUGACGGAGUUCGUUAUAACGUCCGAGCGUCCAGUUUUCUGGACAGCUAUCUCACGUGGUAUAGCAGCAACGCUCGCCUGACCAUAGCUAACGGGGGACGAUACGUGAUGACCGGGUCGUUUAGUAUCAUAAUGGGGGUCAAGCCACGACAUUCGAGUUAUGGCAACACUAAUACUGAAGACUUUGUUAUAUUCCAAUAUGACGGUGGAUUUACUCUCUCUAUCGACACUAAGAAGUACGGCAUUACAGCAAUUACGUCAUCAGUGUCCUGUCCCGUGCAACUGGCGACAUCUG